AUGAUUGAGUCUCUCAGACCUCCGCGGGUGCGUCUGCAGCUCCCCUUGCUCUUUGGGCUCCUUGGGGAGGAGGGGCUGGGGCCCUGGCCCACCUGUAGGACAAUGAUCUUCCGGCUGCUCCUGGCUCUCCACUUCUUCCCAUCCAUUGAAGCAUCAGCAGUUAAUUCUCAUGACUACCAGAAAACAAGAAUUUUGGUGAAGCAGUCGCCCAGGCUGGUGGCAUACAACAAUGCGGUAAACAUUAGCUGCAAGUACAACCAACACUUCUUCUCGAAGGAGUUCCGAGCAUCCCUUUACAAAGGAGUGGAUAGUGCCGUGGAAGUCUGUGUUGUGAAUGGGAAUUACGCCCAUCAGCUUCAGUUUCAUUCAGUACAGUAUUCUAACUGUGAUGGGAAAUUGGACAAUGAAACGGUGACAUUCUACCUCUGGAAUUUGGACGUUAACCAAACGGAUAUUUACUUCUGCAAAAUUGAGAUCAUAUAUCCUCCUCCAUACAUAGGCAAUGAGAAGAGCAAUGGAACCAUUAUCCAUGUCAAAGAGAAACAUCUUUGUCCAACUCACCAGUCUUCUGAAUCUUCUGUCCCCUUUUGGGUACUGGUGGCGCUUUUUGGAGGCGGGGCUGUCUACAGCUUCGUAACAACGGUGUGCCUUUGUAUUUGUUGGAAGAAGAAUAGAAGGAGCAGGAUCCUUCAGAGCGACUACAUGAACAUGACCCCCCGGAGGCCCGGGCCCACGCGCAAGCACUACCAGCCGUACGCGCCGGCCCGGGACUUCGCCGCCUACCGCUCCUGACACGGACGCCUAUCCAGAGGCGAGCCGGCUGGCGCCCCCCGGGUGCCCAACACCACCGCUCUGGAUAGGAAAGGACCACCCCCGCCUUCAGCCGGCCACCGCGGGGCCCUGGGAGGCCACCGUUGCCAAGUUUCUUGAGCGACUGGACCAAAUAUCAAGAUCAUUUUGGUAUUCUGAAAUGGAGUUAAAGAAAAUUACUGUGGCAGGUUAAACCUUACAGUGCCAUGACCCAAGUUCAAACUGAGUAUGUUUUUAAUUUAUUGACUUGACUGAGAUGUUAAGGUAGAGAACAAAUAGCGAGUGGUUUCUGUUAGCCUUGAAAUCUGCUUCUAAAGCUGCUGGUUAAGCCUGGUUCCUUUCUCACUCACCCGCACAUCUCAAUCCAGCAAAGUGGGAUAGCCAAGGAAUUUUUAGGGAAAAAAGGCUAGAAAAUCAUUCCUUUUGGUUAGGUGGGUAUGCAGGGUGGGAAUAGGUUAGAGUGAGGAAGGGUAAGGAGACUGUGAGACUUAGUUUUUUUUUUAACCAUUAAAACACUGUCUCUCUCUGAUGAAAUGAGCAAUUAAGCCAUACCGAUUGAAUGUUGUGUUACUUUUAGUUUAGAAAGAUGUGCACACUGUCUUUGAUGAAUUCUGACCAUAUUUAGUCAUUUUGACCAAUGGGAUCACUGCUAAGCAAUGCUAGGCAAACUUACUUGCUUUCCUGCCUCCUUGUGAUGGGUAUUCAGUUUAAUGUUCACAGUAGGAUUUCAAAAGAAUAAGGUAGUCUUCCCAAAUCAAGGAAGAACGUGUGUCGGGAAAUAAGAUCAUUUUAUAUUGAAAUCAUUUGAACAAUAUGAAGGGUUAUUUGUUUAGCAGUUUAUUCCAGUCAAAUCAUAUACAGGAUUUUCUUUUCUAUAUAUUUCGGGUUUGGACAGUUGUCUGCAUGGAGAUUUGAAGUAGGAUGCUGAAAAAAGCAUCUACAGGGGCAUUGAUGAUGCUGUGAGAAAGGGAUGUUAGCAUUCAUGAGCAUAUGGGAUGAGUCCCCAACAAGCUUCUUCUGAAGAAGAGAGAAUGAGAUUCUUUCCAUGUCCUAAGGGAGUGACUGGCAUUGGGUGGAAGCUCUGGGGAAGGCAACAGAUGGAAGGAGCCCUGGUAAGAGCUCCUUUAGAGGAACUUUAUGCGGUUCAGCACCAGAACUCUGUGGACUCAGCUUCCUGCUUACCCUGGAGGUCUGUGGACAUGGAAAAGUAUCUUGGAUAUGUGUCGCUUCUAACGAGACAGCAUCGAAGUUCUCAAAAGAACCUGCAAGGCCUGAUCUUGGAAUGGCCAUGGAUAUUUUUCCGCCUUCAGUUUGGAGGCAACUGAAGUAUGUCCAUGGACUUUUAAGAAUGGACUCUACUGCUGCCCUCACAAGUUGUUCAGUGAUUUGAUUUAUUUAGGUGUAGAAGAGCCUAGGGUUUGAGGCAGAGACCUGGUUCGAGUCCCACUUAUGCCCUGUACUAAUUGAAUGGCCUUAGACAUUUCACUGACAUGGAUCGUCAACUAUAAAAUGGAGUUAAGAAUCAUAAAUGGUUGUUCCUACACUAUAAACUCUACAAAGGCAUGACCAAAAGCUGUCUUUUUCUCUGCUUCUUCUUGGCACUUAGCACUGUGCCUGGCAUAGAAACAUUAGCUAUUAUUAUAAUUUCCAUAUGGAUAAAUUUUGUCUUAAAAAUGAACUGGACAAUGACCUAAGAAAGAGAGAAUUUUGUAACCAGAAUUUAACUCACUACCCAUGAAAGAGGUGCUGUAAAAUGUGAGGGCCUCUUAAACUUCCACCAUGUUCCUGUUUCUUGGAAUAUUUUAGCAUGUAAUAAAAUGUAGGGCAUUUUUUUUGUUUCACUUUUAUGUAUAUAAAAGAACUUCUUUAAUUGUUUUUUUAAUGUGGUGAGGAGAGAAGAGGUAGGAAUCUUAUGAUUCCAGACAAAAAAUAUUGUACUCUGGUUGAUUUUUAAAUGGGCUUCCAUUCCAUCAAUUUAAUUAAUCAAAAGAUGGUCAAGCAUAGCAACACUUGGACAAUGAAGGACUUUUGAAUUUACACCUGCACAUGUACUACAUUGCCAGCUUCUUGGCACACAGAGUUCUUCAACCCAAGUUAUCAGACUAUUUGAGUAUGACAGAGACAGAGAAUUUUAAAAAGGGCAGUGGCAAAAAAAUAAAAUAAAUGGAAAGAUUUGAUCUUUGGUACUACAUGAUUUUGUUUUAUGACUGGAAAAGGAGGUUUACUAAAGAUGAAUCACACUUGAGAUUUUUCUUACUCACUCUGAACAGAACCAAAGUAGAAAUGUUAUGUAAGGAAGUCUGUUUUCAUUAUUAGUAUGAACCAAGAAAUGGUCUAAAAACUGUGGUUGGAGCAAUGCAUUUACAGUUUCAGACAUGGUAAUUAUGAAGAAAACAAUGUCAUUUGCUGCUAUUAUUGUAAGAGUCUUAUAACUAAUGCUAUCUCCAUAAUUUUUUAUUAUGAGACCAUAUGCUUUGGGCUGAAUAUGCCAAUUUAAAGAGACCAUGUGUACAUUAUGUUUUGUGUAGUCAAUGAUAAAAUUAUUGAAUGCCAUGGAUGUGUUUUAAAGUUUGCAUUUUAAUAUUGUUUUUCAUAGUAGGUAUGCUUCAUUUUGGCAGUGAAUCUGAAGGAAACUUUUUUCCAGGUUGGUCUUUUUAUAAAAAUCCAGACUUUCAAACAUUAGUUUCAUCUCAAGCAAGGCAUUCUUCAGAUGACAAUUUGUUUGGCUCCAGUUACAAUUUCUCCUCAGACCAAUGGUUUACCUCUUUAAGAUGUUGGGCUCAUCAAUGCUUUCUGUGUAGCAUGAAUGCUGUAUGAGAGGGAUCACACUUCAGCCUUGACUCUAUCAGUCUCUUGGGUUAACUAACUGAGCCACCAGCUCUGUGGCUGUUUUCAUGGGUUUGUUGAUGGGCAAAUAGAUGUCUAAUCCCAUAUCCCAGGAUUUCACAUGCCAGAUGGGAACCACAGCAGGCCUGGGGACUGAUCCCCGAGUGCUAAACUACAUGUUGGAGUUUGGAGAUGGUGCUGAUGAAGGAUCUAGAAAUAGGGUCAUCCCUGCCAUAGUCCUAUUAUCAACCCAGGUCAAGGACAGUAGCAGGGCCUCUCUAAAGACCUUGGGCAGGAUGGGUCCUUAGCAUCUACAAGGGCAUUCAAGGCUCAGGAUAUCUAUUUCAUGGCUUCUCUGACAUGUUCCUCCUCAAACAGGACAGGCAUGUUCCCACCUCAGGUCUUAACAGGUAUUAUUUACUAUGUCUGGAAUGGUCUUCCCCAGAUGUCUGCAUGGCUAAAACUCCUUCAGUUCCCUGCUGAAAUGUUGCUUCUACCCUAGUUAAAGCUGCUCACUCCCUAUCUGCUUUCCUUGAUUGUUUUUCUUCAUAGCAUUUUCACCAUCUGUUAACUAGACAUUUUACUUCUUUAUUUGCUUAUUGUUUAUCUCCCAGCUAGAUUGUGAGCUUCAUGAGGGAAGGAAUUUUUUCUGUUUUGUUUAUUGCUGUAUCUCCAGUGCCUAGACCAAUGCCUUGCAUGCAAUAAAUAUUUAUUGACUGAA